AUGUUUUCAAAACUGUUCACGUUUUUGAUGGUGUGUUGUGUCAGAUUGUCUCUAAGCAGUUUGCCAAAUUUCGCGAUAGAGAAUGAUGAAGACACCCCCACCAAACAACCAUCUCCACUGUUUCAUCUUCCUGCUGCUGAUUACAACCGCCAAGACGCUAUUGAACCCAGAGUUAAUUAUGACACUGACUACGACUACAUGGCGGGGAACUUAUCAACACAACGUCAACGUAAUCUCUUGCAUCAUCGCAAACGACACAAAUCAACAUCGCAGUCUUACGAUAACGUUGAAAAACAAAAAUUUCUACGUUUAUUUGCGAAAAAAUUGUUGAGAAGACCGUUCGAAGUAAAAUAUUCUAAUAAAAGUCAUGCUUUCAUCAAUGAUAACUACUACCCUAAACUAAUAAAAAUUUUGCAUGAGUUGAAUAAAAAUGAUACUUUGAUUGAGUUAGAAGACAAACAUUUGCCUGGAAUCGUUGGUGAGGAUACAGAGGAAGCAAAAGAGUUUUCGGAUCCUGUUUUAAACAGGGAACGUAAAGGAUCGGAAAAUCAAAUAUCAAAUAUCGCUUUCGACACAAACAAUCAUCGCUUUCAAAUAUUCAAUGUCACUCCAUGUCUCAAUAUCUCGCACGUUUUUAUAUACCCGUCUUAUCGACGCGUCACGAACGUCCUAGAUAUCUCGCUGUCAGAAGGGUUCCAGUUCCAUCUCGAAAACUGUGCAUACGCAGCCACACUAGCAUCCAUGGCGAAAACAUUUGUGACGGACGUUGUUAACAAUCUCGUCAUAGAUGUCCUCUUUCUCCACAAUUUCAUCAUUUUGGCGUACCAUAAUCCUGACUCUUCCGUUCCAGAACUAUCCAUUGACUCGAAGAUUUUUCACGAGUUUGGUGCAGCGUCAGUCUUUGAUGCUUGCUUUGCUGACACGAAUGUAGCUGCUUCUGGUUUCGUAACUGGGACCGAUAUAUUUGCUUCAUGUCUUUCUCACCAUAACGUAAACUCAACGCAUUUACCAAAACUUCAUAGUUGGAAUGGUUCUCGACUGGAAUCAUUUGGAGAACUUCUGCAGCUGACCCUCGUAACGCUACCACAAAAGCCGUUGCCUGUUUUCUUUCCUUCUAGCCAUAAUUCAUUGCUGUUGCUUCAAACUGGGCUUUAUAGAUGUUCUAAAAAGUUUUUUCGUCGAAUGCUGGCACUUUCAAUAUCUUCGCAGUCACAUGGCUUACAGAGUCAACUAUCAAACAUCGCUUUCAACACAAACAACCAAUCGUUUUCAAAUAUUCAAUGUCACUCCAUGUCUCAAUAUCUCGCACGUUUUCAUUUACCCGUCUUAUCGACACGUCACGAACGUCCUAGAUAUCUCGCUGCCUGCCAGAAGGUCUCAGUUCUUUCUUGA